AUGGUCGAUUCAAGUGCAGUUCACCCGGUACAAAUUCGCAAUGGAUACUCUUGCGUACCGAUCGCGCUUUCGGAGGGACUCGACAUAAGGUUGAGCACUUCCGUCACUGACAUUGUCUACGGAGGGCCGGGGGUCACCGUGAAGGCGAUCAACCAUAGGUCAUCCAAUCAGGCCCAAACAUUCAAAGGUGAUGUGGUUCUCUGCACUUUGCCGCUGGGAGUGCUCAAAGUUGCAGUCGCGAACAACGGCCAGAACCAACAGAACUUUGUUAAAUUCGACCCGCCCCUGCCCGACUGGAAGGUCGCAGCUAUUAAGCGUCUAGGCUACGGGAAUCUGAAUAAAGUUGUGCUUUGCUUCGAGCGGACGUUUUGGGACCCGAGUGCCAAUCUCUUUGGCCACGUGGGCACUACGACCGCUAGUAGAGGCGAGCUGUUCCUGUUCUGGAACCUGUACAGCGCGCCCGUACUUCUGGCGCUGGUGGCAGGUGAGGCGGCGGCGGUGAUGGAGAACGUCACGGAUGACGUCAUCGUCGGCCGCUGCAUCGCAGUCCUCAAGAGCAUCUUCGGCCACGCCGCCGUGCCGCAGCCUAAAGAGUGUGUCGUCACCAGAUGGCGCGCAGAUCCUUUCGCGCGCGGCUCGUACAGCUUCGUGGCGGUGGGCUCUUCCGGUACGGACUACGACCUCCUCGCGGCGCCCGUACCAGGUCCUCCGGGGGAGAACCGACUGUUCUUCGCGGGCGAGCACACGAUGCGCAACUACCCGGCGACUGUACACGGCGCGUUCCUCUCCGGGCUCCGCGAGGCGGGCCGCUUGGCCGACCUGCUGCUCCCUCAGGCGCCCAUCACGGCCGCCAGCGUUGCAGCCGCCACCGCCAACGCCAACAGCGCGCAG